GACAUAUUUAAGUGUGCGCUGCUAGACUGGCGCAAUUUGUGCGAAAUAAGCGUCCAGUCUGCACACUGUGCAAGGUGGGUGUGAUUGAAAGCAUAUUUGUCAGCGUGUCGGACAUAUUUGUUAUUUGCAAACCCACGAGCACCGUUUUCAAGAUGGCAGCCCCUGAAGAUAUUCAGGUCAAAGAGCUGGACAAGCGAGCUUCCGGUCAGGCGUUCGAGGUCCUCCUCGGUGCUCCGGCCCCAGACGCUAAGGGAGACUUCCCCUUGGCCCCUCCCAAGAAGAAGGACGUCUCCCUGGAGGAGAUUCAGAGGAAGCUGGACGCCGCUGAGGAAAGACGCAAGAACCAUGAAGCAGAAGUCCUGAAGCAUCUGGCUGAGAAACGUGAGCAUGAAAAGGAAGUUCUCCAGAAAGCCAUGGAAGAGAACAACAACUUCAGCAAGAUGGCUGAGGAGAAACUCCAACAAAAGAUGGAGGCCAACAAAGGCAACCGCACGGCCAUCAUGGCAGCAAUGAAUGAAAAAUUCAAAGAAAAAGACAAAAAAUUGGAAGAGGUGCGGAAAAAUAAGGAAACCAAUCCAACCAACAUGGAUGAAGAUGCUUCAGAAGACUGAACCGCAAACAGGAACCUUUCUUAUCUGGAUUUGUUUUUGGUAAACCGGUAUAUUUGUGUGCACCCUCCACUUGAAGUAGGAAAACGUCCGUUUUGUGAUUAUUUUUUUUUUUUAUAUAUUCUUAAGCUUGAUGUGCUGAUUCCAUGUGGCGAACCACCACCCUCCUGAACACCUUUAGUAACCGAUUAGUCGGAACUUUUGUAUAAAUUCCCACAUUCCGGUAUCCUAACCAAUAAACCUCAAUGUGGGAUAUUCCCGUUAUUUUCCUUUAAGCACAAAUGGAUCCUGAUUCUUAUGGCUUUAACUUGAUUAUUCCUGGUUGUUCUGGAAAAAAAAUGUGCUUCGUUUUGAGUCCUGAUUCUGCUGAUAAAAAAACUUUCUUUACAUGUCAAGCAUGUAUGGCCUUGUCUUAGGAAUGACUCGUGAAAAAAAAAAAAAACAAGAGCAAUACAUACACCCCGGCAUCUGCAUCAGUUCAUUAGCUGUACUCAAACGACGUGAAGGCACCAUUUUUUCCUCGUACUUUAGAUCACACCAAGUGUUAAGUCAAUGUUAACCUGCCGUAUGUAAUCUCUCUCUGUUAACAGCACAGUUUCAACGUUUGAAAUAAACUAUUUGCACUUAU